UUCGGAAUAAUGACAUUUGGGGAAUAAUCAUGCGUCCCAAAUCUAGUCGCGCUUUACUAACUCGCUGCAUCAUUGGCAGAUUUCGAGACGAAGCCUUGAAAGAUUUUAACGAAGGUGGACCAAUCGAGAAAUUUAAUAUUUCUCGACCGAUUUUUCUUAUUUUAUCAAAACUGAUAGAAAAAAUUUUUUCGGGAGAAUCUGCUUGCACUUAUUAUAGCCCGUACAAAAAUGAAAAUGGUUGCGUAGUUCAAACUACCGGUACUCUAUGGUCUAAUUAUAAUUACACUAUUGAUAUUUUAAAAAGGAACAAAGCUUUAAAACUUCCAAGUUAUUCUUUGAAAAGAAACCUCAAGUAGUAGAAUCUUCAAACGAUAAACUCGUCGUAGAAAUUGCGGUAAACAAUCUAACCAAUGCCAUAAACUCAGCUAGUUUAGUUGCAGAUUGGAAGAUAACAUUCAAUUUUCGAAAUAUUAAACUCAGUGUUGAAAAAAUUUCAAUUUUUGGAUUAUUUGAAUAAGUAUCCCAUUUUAAAAACAGACGAUGCAAAGCAGAUGUUCGAGCUGGACUUUGAAUAUCGUUUUCCAGAAAAGAAAGAUUUGUUAAAAAUCAGAUGGCCAGUUUUAAGAAGUGUCAUCAUUUCACAAUUGAAUCAAUUGGAGGCGAAAUCUGCGAGCAAUCGUUCGAAACUUACUUUAAAGGAUAGACUCCUUAUAAAAGGAUUGGAGAAAUUAGCAGAAGAAUUAAAUCAUCGAUUGGAUUAUGUACUUCGUCCAAGUGGUUUAGGAAGAAAUUAUCUAACAACAUUAACAUCUCAUACGGGUUACUGGAAUAAUUAUGACGUUGCCUACUUUGUAAUGACCAAAUUGUUUCCUAAUUUGGAAAUGUGAUUUCAAAUUUUUAAUAGAACAUUAGGCUCUUUAGAAAAAGAACAUAAACAGCCAAUGCAGUCAAUAUAAAAAGAAAGAAAUGCCACCAAAACAAAUCUGUGAUAAUUGAGAAGUGUUAUAUUAAAGAUUCGACUAGGAUAACGUUUGACGAGGAACAGCUGAUUGACAAGGGAAAGAAGACUUGAAUAGCAACAGAUUGACAAGGAAUUACGAAAAUGUCUAGACAAGGAAUUACUCGAGCCGGAAACAAUUCGAAACACCGUCCCACAGCAGAAUUCGAAUUACCAAGAGACAUAUCUUUGCCACCAUCAUUUCUGGAUUUUCCAAUCAUAGACACGCCAUUGGGAAAUAAUUCUAAUAUGCUUUCUAGAACAUUGAAGGAAAAUACAAAUUAUCUAGUUAAACAUAAAGGAGCAUCAAAGAAGAAUGUCUUUAAAGACGAUAAUAGACGAAGGGAAGGUGAAAGUUGGGAACAAUACGAGGAUCGUCUUGCCGUAUUAGAAUUGGAAAGAUUCUGUAAAUUACAGGACCCGAAAAAUUCCACCAAUCUGGAAAGACUGAGGGAAGAACAGGAGAGAGAAAUCGAAAUCAGGAAGAAAAUAUUAGAAAAAGAGGACCUUGUGAAUCCCAGAGAGGAGGAUAAAUUGGAAAAGGUAGAAUCAGUAUUACCUAAAGAAGCAGGACCUCCGAAUAGAAAUGAUAUUUCACUUAAUCAUGAGCAGGAACAAGCCAUCGAAAAACAGGAAUAUUCAAUUCCCAGGGAAGCAUUGCCGCGGAAGAAGACUGGGGUGCUUUUUAAUGACCUAGUUUCUAUACCUACAGACCCUACCAUAGAUCCUCCUCCAAGAGCCUGUAUGAACUGUUGGCGAAAGGACCAUAAUAAGUCUCACUGUCCGAAACCGAUAACUGAAGCACAUUGCGAGAACUGUGGUAGGAAAUAUCAGACCGUAGCUACGUGUCCAAGGUGUGCAUCAGGAUAUCGGAAAUAUCUAAUGAGGAGGAAUAAAAGAAAUAUCCAUUCUGGAUCAAGGACAAGCCUAAACACUGACGAAGAUUAUGACAGCUCGUGGGAACGACAGGGGGAGGCUGGAACGUCAAAGAGGCCAAGUAAAGUGAGGAGAGAAGAGAAUCCAAUGUUACCCUCGAUUUGGAGACAAGAUGACAAACAGCAGAAUUACACUAACACCGAUGGAAUCACUGAGAAGGCGUGGAAUUUCCAGGAAUCCACAAAUCUGACCAUAGCUCCAAAAGCAGCAACAUCAGAAGCUAAAUACUUGACCAAGGCGGAGGAAAUUGAGAAAAAAGACCUAUUGUGGAAAGGUCAGAAACAAAUUCAAAUGGAAAUGGAAAGUUCAGCCCCACCACCAUCCUAUUGUGAAGUAGUAAAUAAUGCUACUCCACGUCAGGAUCUGAUCGCCGCUAUCAAAGAGUUGACAACCACGAUGAAAGGAAUGUCUGCAGAAACAAUCGACAUGGCGGUGAAACAGCUGAUUGAAGAGAGGAAACAGGAGCAAGGAAAAUAAUUCAUUUUCAGUAUUUUAUAUAAUUCUAAUUUGAUAAAAAUUUUGUUUAUUUUUCUAAAAUUAUUUUUUUUUGCUAUAUUGUCUCAACUCUUCAAGCAAUCUAAAAUUUUUUUUUGUUGUUCUUAAACUAAAAUAUAAGUUAUAAUAGUAACUAUAAAACUUGAUGAGUCUACGAGAGAAAAAGAUUGUAAUACGAGAUACUCUUUUUGAAUUAUUUUUUUUUGUUGAAAUAUUCGAAUUUACAGUAUUAUAAUUUUUCUUAAAAAUGUUCUUUUAUUAUUUGAUUUAGUCCAAGAAUACUAGAAGAGUAUUUCUGGCCUAAGGGGGGAUUAUUGUGACGUAGAGUCUAGUCACUGUAUUAAUGAUAUUAUUUUUUUUUAUUACUAUACUUUAUAUUCUUUAAAUUUAAGCGGGAGAUUCUUUUAACUAAAAUUUGGAAACUCCCCAUUAUGAUUUGAUUAAUAUAGUGCGUCGAUGAGCAGACGAAUUAUUGUAUGGAAAGGAGCAUUCAUAUAUCUACUUUUGUCGAGAGUGUAAGAAAAGGAAUGUAUUGAAUUGACCGGGGAAAUAAGAAGUGAUAUUAAUGUAAAUUUAGUAGAAAAGUUAAUAAAUAGUAGUGAUAUUAUUGAAUUAAUGAAUAUUUAUUCAAUCAAACCAAUCUCUCAGGACUUGUGGUAGAAAAACUCUUCGUUGGAUAAUUAAAAGUAAGUGUAUUAAAUUAUCAUUUAAGAGUCGUGUCUCGGAGGAUUAAAUUUUCCCUUUUUAAUUCCAUAUUUCCUGACGGAAUCUCCUUUUGAGAUUAUUGUUGAUAAUGUUAUUUAAAUUUUGGAAAGUUAACUUUUGUCAAUUUUACAAGGAAAAUUGACUG